AUGCAUCACGGGAACCGCGACCACGGGGUACGGCGACAGACUGCGGCAACCGCGGCGAUUGAAGAUUUCGAUUCGAGACUCAUCCUUUCCAUCGUCAUCACCCGUCUUCUUUCGCGUCAAAGUCGGCGGCCUAGCAAAGUCGGCGGCCUAGCGCACGAGACAAACACCUCGCUCCGCUCCGACGGCCAUGUCGAAAUUCACAAGAUUGUACUUGCGCACUCCGCGCCCCAAGAGCCUCUUGGGCCUCGUCAGUCUCCAGACGGGCACGGAGCUGAUCUCGCUGGCGCUCGUCUUCAACAAGGUCACGGGGGUCUCUCGACCUACCUAUACUCCAUCGCCGUGCUCGGGCUGCUCAUCUACCUCAUCCCGCACGUCCGAAGGCAAAACCCGUUCGAAUGCCUGACGCUCGCCUGGCUGUACCUGCUCGACACGGCGAUAAACGGCGCGUACACGGCCGCCUUCGGCGUCGAAUGGUACUUUGCCAGCACGGCGAACCAGAGGGCCGGCUCGCCGUCGUCGCCCCCGCCUCUCCUCGUCGUGGAGGGGCUGCGCGGUCCGGGGCAAGGGGACGACGGCUACGGCAAAUCCAUGCCGCCCGAGACGGCGACGAGCAUGCUGCUGAUUGCCGGGCUCACGCUCGUCCGGGUCUACUUUAGCAUCGUCGUCAUGGCCUUUGCCCGGCAGGUGCUGCAGAGGUACAUGCAGAUGAUGAUCCUCGAGGGCCCCGGCGUCGACGAACACGAGGGUCCGUUCGCCAUCGACCUGCCCGACGGCGACGGCCGAAGGGGACGAUUCGGCCGGUUGAUGCUCUCCUUUGGUCGCGGCUAUUGGCUGGACGUGGCCGAGUUGGAUGACUGGGAGAGGAACGCGCAUCGAAAAGCCCAGGCCGAGGAACACCCGGAGCGACAGGUUUGA